CAGCUCGGGUGCGCGGUGUCCCCGGAUGGGGCGGUGGGCCCCCGACGUGGCUUUUCUGUGGAAGGCAGUGCUGACCCUGGGGCUGGUCCUUCUCUACUACUGCUUCUCCAUCGGCAUCACCUUCUACAACAAAUGGCUGACGAAGGGCUUCCACUUCCCCCUGUUCAUGACGAUGCUGCACCUGGCCGUGAUCUUCCUCUUCUCCGCCCUGUCCCGAGCGUUGGUGCACUGCUCCAGCCACAGGGCCCGCGUGGUGCUCAGCUGGACCGACUACCUGCGAAGAGUAGCCCCCACAGCCCUGGCAACGGCGCUUGACGUGGGCCUGUCCAACUGGAGCUUCCUGUACAUCACCGUCUCCCUGUACACAAUGACCAAGUCCUCAGCCGUCCUGUUCAUCUUGAUCUUCUCUCUGAUCUUCAAGCUGGAGGAGCUGCGAGCAGCCCUGGUGCUGGUGGUGGUCCUCAUCGCCGGUGGGCUCUUCAUGUUCACCUACAAGUCCACGCAGUUCAACGUGGAGGGCUUCGCCUUGGUGCUGGGGGCCUCGUUCAUCGGUGGCAUUCGCUGGACCCUUACCCAGAUGCUCCUGCAGAAGGCUGAGCUUGGGCUCCAGAACCCCAUUGACACCAUGUUCCAUCUGCAGCCACUCAUGUUCCUGGGACUGUUCCCUCUCUUUGCUGUAUUUGAAGGUCUCCAUUUGUCCACGUCGGAGAAGAUCUUCCGUUCCCAGGACACGGGGCUGCUUCUGCGGGUGCUGGGGAGCCUCUUCCUCGGCGGGGUCCUCGCCUUCGGUCUGGGCUUCUCCGAGUUCCUCCUGGUCUCCAGGACCUCCAGCCUCACGCUCUCCAUUGCUGGCAUUUUUAAGGAAGUCUGCACUCUGCUGCUGGCGGCACAUUUGCUGGGCGAUCAGAUCAGCCUCCUGAACUGGCUGGGCUUUGCCCUGUGCCUCUCGGGAAUAUCCCUGCACGUGGCCAUGAAGGCCCUUCAUGCCAGAGGUGAUGGUGGCCCGAAACCCUCGAAGGGGCUGGGGUCCAGCCCCGACCUGGAGCUGCUGCUCCGGGGCAGCCAGCAGGACGAAGAGGACAAUGAGGAAGAAGAGUACUUUGUGGCCCAGGGGCAGCAGUGACCAACCAGGGGAGCCCUGGAAGCGGG